AUGCAGCAACUUGGGGAUGAUAUAAUCGAAGAGAUUAAUGUACAUCCAGAUGAUUAUCACAAAUUCAUUUGGAUUCCUCAUCGUCCUGUAGUCAAGACAGAAGCCAAUACGACUACCAAAAUUCGUCCAGUCAUUAAUUGUUCCUUGAAGGUGAAUAAGGCUCCUUCUCUUAAUGAGACUACAUAUGCUGGUGUAAAUCUAAUGAAGGACAUUGUUAAGUUGUCCAUUUAUUUCAGGUCCAACAAAUUUACGAUGUUGAACAACUUUAAGCAAACUUUCUUGCAAAUACGACUAGCAAAGGAAGCUGAUAAAAAUCGCUUUUGUUUUUUCAUGCGUGUUGGAAACAGAUUGGUCACCUAUCGUUAUAAGACCAUCAUAUUUGGCUUUAACACAAGCCCGUUCAUUCUGAAUUAUGCCUUGAAGCAUCAUGCAGAGAAAUAUACUAGUGAUGAAUUUUCCAAAAUACUAAGAGAAAAUAUGUAUGUUGAUAACAUGCUAGUCACUAGCAACAAUCUUGAAUUCUUGAAGGAAGUGUACCAGGAAACCCAAAAGAAGUUGAAAGAGGGUGGGUUCACACAAAGAAGUUGGAAUUCUAAUAGUAAGGAGUUGCAGUCUGUUAUGACAAAUCAAGGUAAUCUUGCUUCACAUGGGAACUCAUAUGAGAAAGUCCUAGGGAUGAAGUAUAUGUUGGAGUUUGAUACCCUACAAGAAUCAACUGGUCCCGAGUAUGUCUCAACCUGCUUACAUGGCGCAGUGAAUCUCGUUCCAAAGCAGGACCUACAAAAUGCUGAGACAAGGCCAUCACAAUACACCCAGGGGCACAGCAAGACGUUCCCCCAGGGGCACUGCAAGCAGGAAUGCAACACCGGCACGCCGGCACCACGAGAGACAGGACUUGUUACAGGCUUUGGUUGGCCUCAUGGCACAAGGAAGACCACAUGGUUCAGCCUCGGCAGGUGUUAG